GCGCAUCGCGCUCGAGCAAACUCUCAGUUUGCAUCCUCCUCUCCUCGCCUGUGCUCACUCGCUCUGAGCUCCCCUCUGUCUCCCUCCUCCUCUCUUCAUCUGCCAGUUGCUCUCCUCAUCAAACCUCGUGAGUUCUCUCGUGAGGGCUUUUCCUCUUAACAUCUGCGACGACUUCUCGCUCGAAGAUACAAAAACUUAUUUUUUUCUUCCUGCUAAGCCUGCUAGACACUGAGACCCAACUGCCACCAUGGAGGCCAUCAAGAAGAAGAUGCAGAUGCUGAAGUUGGACAAGGAGAACGCCCUCGACAGGGCAGAGCAGGCUGAGUCGGACAAAAAGGCAGCAGAGGAUAAAUGCAAGACGCUGGAGGAUGAGCUGCUGGCCAUGCAGAAGAAACUGAAGGGAACGGAGGAUGAGCUGGACAAGUACUCCGAGGCCCUGAAGGACGCUCAGGAGAAUCUGGAAAUGUCGGAGAAGAAGGCCGGAGACGCCGAGGGCGAUGUGGCAUCUUUGAACCGCAGGAUCCAGCUGGUGGAGGAGGAGUUGGACCGUGCUCAGGAGAGACUGGGCACGGCCCUGCAGAAGCUGGAGGAGGCCGAGAAGGCUGCGGAUGAGAGCGAAAGAGGCAUGAAGGUGAUUGAAAACAGAGCCAUGAAGGACGAGGAGAAGAUGGAGAUUCAGGAGAUGCAACUCAAAGAGGCCAAACACAUUGCAGAGGAGGCCGACCGCAAAUACGAGGAGGUUGCCCGUAAACUGGUCGUCCUGGAGGGUGAGCUGGAGAGAGCGGAGGAGAGGGCGGAGAUUUCAGAACUCAAAUGUGGCGACCUGGAAGAAGAGCUCAAGAUUGUCACCAACAACCUCAAGUCGCUAGAGGCUCAGUCUGAUAAGUACUCUGAGAAAGAAGACAAAUAUGAGGAGGAGAUAAAAGUCCUGAAUGACAGACUUAAGGAGGCCGAAACCCGUGCAGAGUUUGCAGAGAGGACAGCGGCUAAGCUGGAAAAGUCCAUAGAUGACUUAGAAGAUAACCUAUCUGAAGCAAAAGGGGAAAACGCAGGAAUUCAACAACUCCUGGACCAAACACUGCAGGAGCUGAAUAGCUUGUAAAAGGCCAAGAAGGACAUCAAGCAAUUAAAAAAAAACAUUUUAUAAAAGCUCAUUUCUACAUUCCCUCGGGUUCCUGUAAUUUCUCUCAUGUCUGAUUGUUAAAACAUGUACCCCAUUUUUUAUAUAUUUAUGUGUCUUCCUUCUUUUCCCUUUUUUAAAAUGUUUUGGGUCCAUAUGGGAUUUUAGUUUCGGUGCUGGAAUGACCAAACUCUUGGCACAAAUAAAACUGAUGAUGAUUAUUAAAUGGCUUUAAUGUUCAA